UACAUACGUACUUAAGUUGUAUGUAAACACAAAUAUUUUAAGUAAAAAUAUGUGUGUAUGUGGUUGAUUCGCAUUCGUUUUGCUCAAGAAUGUCACGUAAGUUUCGUGAAAAUUAUUCUUGAACAACAAUCUACUGUCGUCUUGAUACAGUUUUAAUGCUACUGACGAUACUGCGUUAAGUAAUUUCGCCUACGCUCUGGACCACUCUUUAAAUUUUGGGUGAAAAUUGAACAAACAUCCUCAAAUACGACUUUUUUUCAAAAAGCCAUGGCGUACCAUACGCUUCGACACGAAUACAUGCAAAUGCCACCAGUCACCAGAGCGUACACAACAGCCUGUGUAAUUACCACCUUAGCAGUGCAGUUGGACGUUGUUUCCCCAUUCCAGUUGUAUUUCAAUCCAUUGCUGAUACUAAAACAAUUUCAAGUAUGGAGAUUGAUCACCACUUUUUUAUUUUUCGGAAACAUUGGUUUCAAUUUUCUAUUUAACAUGAUAUUUACUUAUCGUUAUUGUCGCAUGCUCGAAGAAGGAUCAUUUCGUUCAAGAACAGCAGAUUUUGUUAUGAUGUUUUUGUUUGGUGCUACAUUAAUGAUCAUUUGGGCAUUUUUUAUCAAUUUAUUAUUCUUAGGACAAGCACUAACAAUAAUGUUAGUAUAUAUUUGGUCACGAAGAAACCCAUACAUUAGAAUGAACUUUUUUGGCGUAUUAAACUUUCAGGCUCCAUAUUUGCCAUGGGUGUUGCUUGGUUUUUCAAUUCUGUUGGGAAACACACCGUGGGUAGAUUUGAUGGGAAUUGCUGUUGGUCAUUGUUAUUACUAUUUAGAAGACGUGCUUCCUCAACAUAGGGCCAAUCUUAAAAUUCUUAAAACACCACUUUUCUUAAAACAUCUUCUUGAUCCAGCACCAGAAGAGGAUCACGUACCUCCGCCAGAGUUUCGUCCUGGAGGGUUCAAUUGGGGAGGAAAUGCAGCUGAAAUUCCACCUGAAGGACAUUAAAAUGAAUAAGUCAGUGUUUAUAUCCUAAAUUGUUGUGUUGAACUGUUAAUUAAAAACUGUAAAUAAUAAUUUAAACAUUA